CACGCACAAUAUAAACUUCAAUAUUUUUUACAAAUACCAUUUCCCCCCGGUGCCCAGCCCCUGGAGCGCCGCGCGGCGCCGCUGCCCGGCGGCGAGGAGGGCGAGUACAUGCUGGCCCUGAAGCAGGAGCUGCGCCGCGCCGUGAGGGGGCUGCCCUACUUCGUCAGACCGGGGGCUCCCCGCAGAGUGUCCCCAAAUCCCCCCAAAUUGUCCCCAAAUCCCCCCAAAUUGUCCCCAGUGACAUCAGAGGAGGAAGAGGAGAAGGAGGAGGAAGAAGAGGGAAAGGAGGAGGAGGAGGAGGAGUACGAUGAGGAAGAGCACGAAGAGGAGACCGACUACGUCCUGUCCUACUUCGACAACGGGGAGAGCUUCGGGCCCGACAGCGACGACAACGGCGACGAGGCGGUGUACUGACCCCAAGAGGGGCACCCCAAAACUGGCACCUGAAAUGGGCACCCCAAAAGGGGCACGCCAAAACUGGCACCCUGAAACGGGCACCUCGAAAUGGGCACCCCGAAACGGGCACCCCAAAACUGGCACCUGAAAUGGGCACCCCAAAAGGGGCACGCCAGAACUGGCACCCCAAAAUGGGCACCUCGAAAUGGGCACCCUAAAAGGGGCACCCCGAGAUGGGCACCCCAACACUGGCACCUGAAAUGGGCACCCCAAAAUGGGCACCCCAAAAACGGGCACCUCGAAAUGGGCACCCUAAAAGGGGCACCCCAAAAACGGGCACCCCAAAAUGGGCGCCCUAAAACGGGCACCCCGAGAUGGGCACCCCAAAACCUCGAAAUGGGGACAUUGGGGUCCCUUUGGGGACAUUGGGGUCCCAUGGGGGACAUUGGGGUCCCCUUGGUGACAUUGGGGUCCCUUUAGGGACAUUGGGGUCCCCUUGGUGACUUUGGGGUCCCUUUGGGGUCCCGUCCCCCCCCCGGGGUCGCGGGGUCCCCCCGCCGCCUGUCAUUCCCACUGUCACCACCAGGUGGCGCCGCUGCUCCAGGCCCGGAGCUGGGGCGCGACCCCUCCCCAAAUUUUGGGGUUUUUUGGGUGGAUUUUGUGUGAAUUUUAAAGGAUUUUUUUGUAUUUUUGGCUCCGUUUGGUGGGGUUUUUUUGCGCGGGGGGUGUUGGGUAAGGGGUUUAGAGGGAUUAUAAAUGGGAAAAGGGGUUUUGGGGGGAUGAAAUGUGGUUUUUUUGAGGUGGAAAAUGUGUUUCUAGAAAGAAGAAAAUGUGUUAUUUCGGGAGGAAAAGCUUUAUGGGGAGUGGAGAGUGGGUUUUUUGGGGUGGAAAAAGUGGGUUUUUGGGACAUAAAAGUUUUUUGGGGUGAGAAGGGUGUUUUUUGGGGCGGGAAGGUGGAUUUUUGGGGUGCAAAGGUGUAGCUUUGGGGAGGGAAAGGUAACUCCUUGUGGGUCGAGAUGUCUUUUUUUGGGGGAAAAAUGUAUUUUUGGGGACAGAAAAGUAUGUUCCAGGCGGAAGGUGCAUUUUUGAGGGAAAAAACUUUGUUUUAUUAUGGGGGAGGUGUUCUUUGGAGGGGCACAGUGUAUUUUUUUAAUCAUAUUUCAGGAUUUUAGGGGAUAAACUGGAUUUUUGGGGACGAAAA